GACGUCAAGAGAAUACUGAAAAAAGAAGAAGAAGAAGAGACACAAUAUGGACUCCAUAGUGAACUAUAGUAGUGAAGAUGAGCCAGAAAUAAUGGAUAAUUGCACCAAGAAGAGGGAUGAUUCAUCAAAGAGUCGCGACGGUGCACGCAGAGGCGACAACCCCUGGAGCAUGUCCGGAAGUCAGGGUGAGGCUACCAAGAGGCCCAAGAAGGACGAUACCAACUAUGAGAGUGUGCAGAUGGACAUGAGUGAGGAGUCAGAGGAGACAUCCUCGCGUGAUGGGAGAGAUGUUCCAAGUCCAAAGGCCAAAAGUCGCUCAAGGGAACGUCGGAGGAGUCGCAGUGCAGACAAUGAGCGCGAAGCUACAAGAUACAAAUCAUCAAAGGAACACCAUCGUUCGUCCAGAGAUUACAGAGAGAAAGACAGAGAUAGGGGAAGAAAACGCGAUAAGGAUAGAGAUCGCGAUCGUAGACACAGGGAUCGUCACAGUGACAGGAAGAAGGAUUCACGACGCGAUCGUGAUCGUGAGAGGCACCGCCGUAGAUCAUCAUCACGUGAACGGCGUCGUAGAUCGAGUUCACGAGAGAGUCGUCGUGAUCGUCGACGUUCCAAGAGUCGCUCACGAUCACACGGGAGAUCACGAAGAUCACCUGAUGGGAAGAAUAAUCCCCAAGCAGUUGCAACUCCCAUCGCAGCAGCAGCUGCAGUAGCAGCCGCACCGACUAUCCCUCCACCUGUUGCACAUGCCCUCCCGUCAUCACCUGGACUCAUCCCAACGGUAUCAGUGCCGGUUAAUAGUGUUGCAGACAUGCGAACGGAGAGGUUUGAUUGGCGGACACAGCAGAGGGUGCAGCAGCUGGAGAAGAUGGGAAUAGAUCUGAAGAAGACGGAAACAGCGGCAAUUGAGCUGCCAAGCUACUACAAUCCCGGCGUUGUUAAUCCAUCGCGCUAUGCGGAACAGAUGCAGAAGCGAAAGCUCCUGUGGAGUCACAAGAAGAGUGACAACGUUGAACAGGCGGCGGCUGCCAAGUGGGAAUCAGCCAAAUUCUCUCAGGAUCAAGAUGGGAAGGUUCAGUCCAAGUUUAUGCGAUUGAUGGGCAUUAAGGAGCCCCCAAAGGCAAGUGGGGCUACUUCGGCAUCCGGUGGGGUGGAUUUGGUGAAGAAGCAGGAAGAACUUUUCUCAACAAUGGAACAACAGUAUGAGGUGGCAAGGCAGGUGACGCACACAAUGCGUGGCGUUGGUUUUGGCUUCUCAUCCCAGCGUCCCUUCUAAACUAUAUAAGUGUCGUCCCCAUUAUUUAGCAAUACAAUGGAAAGAAAAAGAAAAAGAAAAUAUAUAUUCCUAAAUUCA